GGAAAUCAUCAGUUGCGCGCGCAGACCCAUCACCCGAUCGCGCGAGCAACUCAGUCGCCGUUUGCACACGCGCGAGCGAACCGCGCCAUUUUUCGAGCUCCCACUCGCGCGUUCCCUCAAAUCAAAAUCACCAAUGAACCCAUUCAUAAAGCAUCAUCAAAUAUAGUUCAAAAUUCAUCAAUAGAGUGUAGUAGAGGCACGCGUUAUCGGGUAUCUCGUCAAAUAAUUGAACCGCCGAAACCUGCUCAUGAAGAAACCUCGAAAAGGAUUCCCAUUGAAAUUCGAAAUUUUGAAUACUUCUGAAUAACAGCUUAAGGGUUACUUGCCUCCAUGUGAAUUUUGCUGCAGUUAAAAAAUAAAAAUAAAAACUGAAGGUGACCUGUUAGGUCGUUUUUGAGCUUAUUUUGGAAAAAGCGUAAAAAAGCAAAAAAAAAAAAAAAAAAAAAAAAAAAAAAAAAAAAAAAAACAGUGCGCGUUAUUUAAAGCCGAUAUUUCUGCGUGUGCUUUGUUCACGUUCAUCUCAUCACUCACGAGUGCGAAAAACGAAUGGUGUCGAAGCAAAAUUCUGGAUAAAAACGGCCGUGCCCCGGGAAAUCAACCAAACAUGCUUAGGAAAGGUUGAAAGAAUGUAAGGAACGACCGGUCUUCCGAUUAUCGAUUGAUCAGUGGGCCUGACAACCAAACCACCAGCCAUGAUGUUCGUUCAAAGGGUUGUAGAUGACUUCAAACAGAAGAAACUUCUGUCAAUGAAGUUGAUUUUCUUCGUUCAAUCCUCAACUCUUUUUGUCCUGUACCCAUACCUGACGAUCCACAUGCGAGAGUUGGGUCUAAAUGUGGAGGAAACAGCAAUCAUGUCUGCUCUUACGCCCAUUGUCACCAUUAUCAUGCCUCCUAUCGCUGGAAUGAUCGCAGAUUUCAUCGGGAAUUUUAAGGUACUACUGGCACUAUUUUCUGCGCUGGGUGGACUGGCUUCUCUACUUCUGUUAGCCAUUCCAGUUGGCCGUGUUACGAUCGUUUAUCCAGAGCAGGCCUUGUUCCGAAUCGGUUGUUCCAACGACACCGGGUACCCCAGUCUAAUCCCCGGAGCUGAUUAUCCUUGCAAUCCGUUCCCGAACGCUACUAGUUCUCCUUAUGAAAUUGCUGGACAUGUCGAAGCAUGUGGGCUGGUGUGCAGACGGCCAAAUAGUUUGCGAUCCCCCGUGGAAGGUAGUUGGAGGACGCCUUCAGCAGAGACGCAGGCAAUCCUGCGUGCACGCUCGUACAAGAUGAAGCUCCUGCGACCCUCUGGCCAAGAGACGGUCUACGACUUCAACGUGGACGCAGAAGACAUCCCGGCCUACCGGAGUCGGGUGCUGGAUGACCCGGAUCCGCGCAACGGUCGCAUCCUCAUCAACAGCGGCCGCUUUCCGACUGCCAUCCGGGAGCUUUCGCAUGACGUUUUCUUCUUCCCCGCUAGAGGGCUCUGGAGUCUUUCCUGUGACCCGGAUCCCACGCGCGUCUGGCAGUGUCAGGUGAAGGAGGCGGGGAACUUGAGCAAUUCGGCCACAGACGGGCAAUUUCCAUUUAGCGGCGUGCUCGACGUCCACGAGGAAGGGAUGAAGCUUGUGGCUCUGCGCCGAUGGGGGCUUCUCAAAGCCUCAUCUUCUCCCCUUGAGGGGAUCAUGGAAUCCAAAUGCGGCAAGUCUAAGGUGCCUUCCAUGUCGGAAACAUUGUCGGUGCCAUUGUUGAAUCCGGAAAACAGCUUGAAAGUGGACGCACUUCUAGAAAUGGAAGACUGCGAGAUGAGCUGUCUAGCGACGAUCCCUCGGAAAUCCAUCUGUACCAACUUGAACAAAGUCGUCGAGUAUGACCCUCAACUCACUUUCUGGGCGUAUUUAUCUGUUCGCGUCACCAUAGCGAUGAUCACUGGCACUGCGUUCGCAAUGUUUGAAGGUGCUGCGAUUGCGAUUUUACGAGAGGAAAAGGCUGAUUAUGGUUUACAACGACUAUACGCACAGAUCGGCGGCAUGAUUAGUUCACCAAUGGCCGGGUACCUAAUUGAUUACGCGAGUAAAGGCAAAGGCUACACCGAUUUCAGGCCAGCAUUCUAUUUUUAUGCGGCCCUUAAAACAACGACUGCAUUCCUAAUGCUUACAAUAAAUUUGGAGUUCAAGGCUCCGGCCAAAAAUGUGGUGGCUGAUGUGGUGGAAGUUCUCAAAAAAGUGGAAAUUAUGGCACUUCUGUUUGCAAUAUUUAUAAUGGGUACAGCAUGGGGUUACAUAGAAAGUUUUCUCUUCUGGUUGCUUCAAGACCUCGGGGCCUCCAGAGUUUUGAUGGGCUCAACUAUAACUGUAGGUGGCCUUGCCGGCAUGCCUCUGCUCAUCAUGUCAGGACCUAUUGUUGAAAAAAUAGGUCAUGCUAAUGUUUUAUUCCUCGGUUUUGUUUUCUAUGCAAUCCGUCUCGUAGGUUAUUCACUCAUUGUCAAGCCUUGGCAAUGUCUGAUUUUUGAGGCGAUGGAAUCCGUUACGUCGUCUUUGGCAUUCACAGCUGCUGUCACGUACGCCGCCAAACUGUCUAAUACAUCGACAGACUCGAGCAUUCAAGGAAUCCUAGGUGGCCUUUAUUAUGGUGUUGGUAAAGGUGCGGGUGGUCUGUUCGGUGGCUACUUAAUGAAGGCAUUUGGAACGCGGGCGACGUAUCGAAUUUUUGCAGUCCUAACGCUCGUCACCGGCUGCAUGUACUAUUUGCUCAAUCAAAUUUACAUCGUCGGCCGAAGCAUCAGUCAAAUCGAAUCAGGUCCAGCUUCAGCUCUGAAGGAUAAGAAGAAGAUGGAGUCUGAAAAUUCAGCAUUGAAGAACAGUAUCAAUAACGGUGGCGUUGUUUACUACGUGAGCGAACCAAAUCACGAAAAAACCACAAAUAGUGCCGAAAUUCAGAGCAAAAAAGACAUCGAUGCCAAGAGAGAAAAUGAGCUCAAAGGUGAAACGAAUUUAGGGCUUGAAAACGACGAUGGAACCACGGAUAAGCCCAGUUCUGAUGUUCCAACAGAGACUACAUACAGAUAACAGUUAUUUAACGAUCUGACUUUCGUCCAUACCAGGGAUUUCAGCGAAAUAAAACUAAUGGACUUUUGAAAAAAAAUGUUGUUCUUGUUGAAAGACGCAAAAUAUUAACUAAUAACCAAAAAGAUUAGUACCCUGUCAUUCUGUUCUUUUUUCAUCAUUCCUUUUACAACUUUAUCUAUGAUCUUCUUGUAAAAUAUUUUACCUAAUUUGACGUAAUUUGUUUCUAUACGUAUAAAAAUUAUUGGACGUUCUUACAGCUCAAAGUGCAAUAACGUGUGGUGUGCACUAUCAUUAUUAAAUAUCGCUAAAAUAAAAUCGUUCCUAAUCUUUGAUUUUGAUGUAAAAUAGAUACAUUGGACCAAUGCUCUUUAAAAAUCAAUUCUCUGAAAGUUCUAAUACAGUCACAUAUUUACAAUGUUCCUUUCAAGUCCAGACAAGUUAUCUUAUCAUCAGUUAUACUUUGAUUCUAUCUUAGAUCUCUUUAAUUUGGCUACAAUCGAGCGGAAUGUAAUCUUCGACAACACCAUGAUAUCUCAGUAGAAAAAUACCUGCAAUUUACUGAAAAUGUUUGAGAAAUACUCAUACGUGAAAUCACACCAAGUUUCAAGAAGUAAGUACGGCAAUAUUUUGUGUUUAAGAAUAAUUUGUUAAAAAUCGUCGUCAAAAAUUUAGACAAAAAUUUCAGUACGCUUCAUAAUUGAUACCUCAUCAAUAUGUGAAAUCCUUACUUCUAAUCGUCUCAAUUCCCUUCCUUAAAAAUUUUCCAAACUAGUCGGUGAAUUUUCCGGUGAUCUAUAAAUACAUUAUUAUUUCAUUCCUUUAUUUUUCCUAAAUGUUUGUAUUUCUGUUCAUGAAAUUUUGUGAGAUUAGUUUUUAAAUGUUCCAAAA